AAACAUAUGGCAACGCUGCAUACAAAAAUAGCGCGUAAUUUGUGCGUGACAAAAAGAGAAAUUUUAUAAUAAAUAUGAGUAGCCGCAAGCACAGAGGAGCCGAAAACAUUGAAAAUCUAUGUCCAGUAGCCAGAAAGCGGUCGACAAGUAAGAACAGCUCUGUUGUCGCCGUUUCCGCAACGAAAACGUCGAUCUACGAAUACACCUCGUCCCCCUCAGUGCUCACCUUCGAGGCACUCGAGGAAAUGGGCAUCGGGAUGUUGGACUCCGAGGAAAGCAGUUCCUCUGCAAUGUCAGCAAUUGCACUGGCUGUAAGUGCAACCAGCGACGAGAACUCCAAUGAGACAACGCCCUGCACAACGGCGGCACGUAUGUCGCACCAACAGACGCGCAUGAGUCUUAAUUCAACGGCGUCCACGCUGGACAACAGCACCGUCAACAACACCAUAAUCGAGGUAUUCAGUGAGGAUGCACAGGAGCGUCUGCUGCUGUCGCAGUCAGCCGACAAACUGCACGCUUUAGCCCAGGCCAAAAGAACCGCAUUGGGGAACACCUCCGAAUGUGGCAGCAACUCCAACUCGCCGAGCAAGCGCACUAGAAAUCCCUUGGCCACAGUAACAUGCAAUAAUCAAAACGAAGCUCAGUCAUUGUUGCCGCCACCACAAUUGCAACAUCAGCAGCAGCAGACGACCCUUAGUCUACUGCCCUCCACUAGCAAGCAGGCACUGAUGCGACAACAGAAGAGACCUACGCCUCCGCCGCCGCCUUCGCAAUCCCUGGCCAUGCGAAUGGCGUCAACCGAGAACUUCUUUGUGUAUCGCACGCCAAUGAUGUGUGCCCACAUCAGCAGCGGCAUCAACUACUUUGAUAGGCUAUCCGAUGAGAUACUGUUGGACAUCUUCAGGUGGCUACCGAAGAAAACCUUGCUGCGCAUUGCAAGCGUUUGUCGACGAUUCAACUGCUGUGCGCGUGAUGAGACCUUGUGGACGCGCCUAGAUCUGGGGCUUCGCACAUUACGUCCCAAUGCCCUAGAGCAGGUUGUACGACGUGGGGUUCCUGUACUGCGUCUGGCCCAGGCAGAUAUACAAGAACCAGCAUUUACAUGCGGACCAUCUUCCAUAGACUUCCAAUCGCGUUUGCAAUACUUGGACCUCAGUCUUGCCUCAAUUUCACUUAGCUCGCUGCACACACUAUUAGCCCAUUGUCGUCAACUGAAGAAACUAAGUCUGGAGCAUGCAGAUCUUAAUGAUGACAUUUGUUUUGAGAUUGCACAGAACACUUCGCUGGAGACACUCAAUUUGUCCAUGGCAAAUGGCCUCAAUGCCAACUGUGUGCGUCAGAUGAUGGAGUCGCUGACCAAACUCAACAGCCUAAACAUUUCAUGGACUGAUCUAAGUGCCGAUGCUGUCACUGCACUUGUUACCCACACUCCGUCCAACAUAAUUCGCCUUAAUGUGGCCGGAUGCCGUCGAGUGCUCUUCGAUUCCCAUGUUAUGACGUUGCAGAAACGCUGUCCACAAUUGCUGGAACUGGAUCUUUCGGACUGCAACAGCCUCACGCCGGCAGCUCUUGCUGCAAUUAUGAAAUUCAACAGCCUCGAGUAUUUGUCCGUCUCUCGUUGUUAUCUCAUUCCCGCCACAAAUUUUAUAGAACUAAAAAACAUGCCUUCACUCACCUAUCUGGAUAUUUUUGGCAUGCUUUCUGAAGCCGCCAUGGAGGUGCUGGAGAAACAGAUGCCUAAAAUCGGUAUCAACAAGUUUAUACACAGCUCGGUGGGACGUCCAACGGUUGGCACACGUCGUACCUCCAUUUGGGGCCUUCGCACACGCGAUUAGUCCCCUACUUCCCCCACAUUUAGACUUCAAAUUUGUUUAAUUCGUCUCUCUGUUGCGUUUAACAGCCGCCUAGCGCAUUUUUUAUAUUCAAUUCAAUGACAAUAAUUAAAUGUCACGUUUAGAUUUGUAAAAGAAGGUGUAUCGUUUACUGGUCAACCUCGCUUAGAGGUGGGGCCGGCUUUUCCCACUUCCAGUCAUCCCAGAUAACGCAGUCCUUCAGACUAUCCAUGUAGCCCAUCUCAUCCGGACAACGCAUCUUGCUAGCAGGCUCGUUGAGUGUCUCACACUUCCAGAAGGACGUGGCAUCCCAGUUGUCGCGGAAGACGCCAAUGUCAAUUUCCUGCUGCGUUUUACAACCUGGUUGACCAUCGCCUUGGUAGGCAUUGGUCAAACAGCAAGCUGCCAAGAGAGCCAAACCGAUUGUAAGCUGAAGUUUCAUUUUACCACAAACUGAUGCCAUUCUGUUGGACUAUCUCGACUUUAUAUAGGUUGCCUUGGUGCAGUGAUAAGCCAAGUCAAGUGCAACAAAUACCUAAAAAUGCUUUCAGUAAUUAACUACAAUGUAAACAAUCAAAACAACUUGGCUGAUUCAACAAUUGUUUGCUUACAAAAUAGAACAAUAAAAUCUAAUGUACAACAAAAGAAAACAAGGAAGAAAGCAACAGAUCAAAUACUACAUAAACGACAUAAAUUGUAAUUUAAUUUAAGCUUUGUCAAAUUAUUCUUACCAUAAUAAUAGGAAGGUCUUAAAUUUUGAAUUCUUUUCCCUUUUAUUUUAGUUUAAUCCUAUUACUGUCGGUUGUAUUGUAAAAAACAGAUAAGUGCUUAAAUUGGUCCAAUAAAUAUUAAAUUAAU